AUGUCAGGAAAAGUUCACGGUGGUAAAGGUAAAUCUGGUGCCAAAGAUGGUGGUAUUAGAUCACAAUCUCAUUCAGCAAGAGCUGGUUUACAAUUCCCAGUUGGUAGAGUUAAAAGAUUCUUGAAAAGAAAUGCUCAACAUAAAAUCCGUGUUGGUGCUAAAGCUGCUAUCUAUUUAACUGCUGUCUUAGAAUAUUUAACUGCUGAAGUUUUAGAAUUAGCAGGUAACGCCGCUAAAGAUUUAAAAUUAAAGAGAAUCACACCAAGACAUUUACAAUUAGCUAUCAGAGGUGAUGAAGAAUUAGAUACUCUGAUCAAAGCUACAAUUGCUUAUGGUGGUGUUUUACCACAUAUCAACAAGGUAUGUUUGAAUUUUAAUUUGUUAUUGUUAUUGUUUAUGAAUUUUUUACUAACACAAUUUUUCUAUAUAGGCUCUUCUAUUAAAAGUCGAACAAAAAAAGAAGAAAUAGAUUAUUUGAAAUUGGAUUUCAAUUCUAUAAUUAUCUCAAGAUUUUAUUUUGUAUAA